UAUAUUAAAUUAUUUAUUCCAUUAUUAUUCAGUUUCUUUCUGCUUCUCAAACAUACCCGGAGAGAGAAACAUUUUCAUUCUUGCCGAUCUCUCCUAUACAUACACACAAAUACAUGUCCGUAUAUAUAUAUCGACGCCCAUAUUUGUGUUCAUAUUGCUCAUUCUGCUCCACCCACUUGACGUAAGUACUAACCUUUUUAACUGAGGAAGUUUACCAGACAUGGGAAACAUCCAUCGCAGUGGCCCUUUUAAAAAAUCAAAUGACAGUGCAAGACUUGUUAUAACAACCAUCAUGGGAAUGGUAUUCGGUUAUUUUAUUGGUAUUUCAUUUCCGUCAGUUUCGCUUACCAGGAUUAACUUACCUUCGAGCCUUAUGUCAUCCCAUGAUAAUAUCAAAGUUGCUGACCGUAGUUUUCCUGAAAAUCUUGGUUCGGGUAACACACCUACAAUACCUAAGAUCUUUGUUCCAUCUAAUCCUCGCGGUGCUGAGACGUUGCCUCCAGGAAUUGUGGUUUCUGAGACAGAUUAUAUGUUAAGAAGAUUAUGGGGUGAUCCAACUGAGGAUAUUAAAAAGAAACCAAAGUACCUGGUAACCUUUACAGUUGGUUUUGAUCAGAGAAACAAUAUUGAUGCUGCAGUCAAAAAAUUUUCCGAUGAUUUUCAAAUUAUGCUUUUCCACUAUGAUGGUCGAACUAGUGAAUGGGAUCAGUUUGAAUGGUCAAAGCGUGCCGUUCAUGUCAGCGUUAGGAAACAAACAAAAUGGUGGUAUGCAAAGAGAUUUUUGCAUCCUGAUGUUGUAGCAGCCUAUGAUUACAUUUUUAUUUGGGAUGAAGAUCUUGGUGUUGAGCACUUCAAUGGGGACAAGUUUAUUGAACUAGUAAAGAAACAUGGUCUCGAGAUAUCCCAACCAGGUCUUGAACCCAAUAAUGGACUCACAUGGCAGAUGACAAAGAGGAGAGGUGACAGAGAAGUUCACAAGAAUACAGAAGAGAGACCAGGCUGGUGCAGUGACCCCCAUUUGCCUCCAUGUGCUGCAUUUGUAGAGAUUAUGGCACCAGUAUUUUCUCGAGAAGCUUGGCGGUGUGUGUGGCAUAUGAUUCAGAAUGAUUUGGUGCAUGGGUGGGGUUUGGAUUUUGCCCUGAGAAGAUGUGUGGAGCCUGCACAUGAAAAAAUCGGUGUUGUUGAUUCACAGUGGAUUAUUCAUCAAGUAAUUCCUUCUCUUGGGAGUCAGGGUGUCUCCGAGGAUGGUAAAGCUCCAUGGGAAGGGGUGAAACAAAGAUGCAGAAGUGAGUGGGCUCUAUUUCAAGACCGACUUACCAAUGCAGACCAGGCAUAUUUUAUGCAGAAGAAGAAGGGUUAAUGCACAGCACAUGUUUGGCAGCACCACCUUGUACAUUUCCUUUUCUCGUUAUCUCUUUAUUCCAUUCAAGGUAUGCAAAGGGUCUUUUAAAGCCCUUUCCUUUACGCCAGGCAGAUAUAUAUAUUAUAGAGUACCGUGGGCUCCUGCAUAUUAUGUACUAUAUGAAGUGGUCGAGAGGAUGUAGGUUGUUUGUGCAUAUACAUGAACGUUGAACUUAGAGGUUCAACUUCUGUACUAUAUCCGGCAAUCUUUCCAUGUUUGUAGUUGUACGGCUGCUAAUUAUCUGGUUGUUGUACUGUCGACAGAUCAAAGUUAAUGCUCAGAAUUUAUUAAGACAA